AUGCAUCGAACCUACCGACGUCUCUCUUAUCUAUUAAAGGGUAGCGGGGUCGAGUACAACGAAUCCACCGGUCGAGUCGUCGCAUCAGAGGAAUGGUGGAACAGAAAAAUAAGGGAGAAUAAAUACUACAGGGAGUUCAAAGACAAGGAUGUGAGUGAGAUAUACAUUCGCUAUCGUACACUUUUUGGCGACAGCUACGAUGGGGAGAAGUACGCGGUCACGCCGACUAAGUUGUGCCGAACGGGGUUCGGGUUGUUUGAGGACAGUGCGCUCGAAGAAACUCGGGAUGCAAUCCCCGUCGAUGAGGAAAGUAGUGGUUCAAGUGACGAGGCUGAGCAAAUGCUCGGUGGAUCCCGCUUAAACGUAUCUGACACCAUAAGCGGUGGUAAAAGAAAGUCCUCCGGUGCGACGCGACGGGGUAAGAAGCAAAAAAAUCUGCACGCGAGCUGUCGUUCUCCAUCGACCGAGCCACAAGUGCCGCAGAGGAAGUGGUGGUGA